AUGCGGGUUCUUUUUUGGAAUAUCAAUGGUGUUGCGCGUACAACAGCACAUUCUAAGCUUAGGGAGCUGAUUAGAGAUUUCCAUCCUGAAGUUUUUGGCCUUGCGGAACCAAAAGUGGCGUGCUCAGCAAAUUUUGGGAGGAGGCUAAUUUCUGAAGGUUAUUCUUCAUUUAUUAUUAAUAAUUCUGCUAAUUCUGGUAUUGCAAAUCUUUGGGUUUGUUAUAAGGAUGGGCUUCAUGUUUCUGUAGUUAAUUCUAGUAAAAAAGCUAUUACAAUUGCGGUUGAUGGUGUGUAUAUCUCUUUUGUCCAUGCUAGCUACAUUCAAACUACUAGGCGCAGGCUUUGGCAGCAACUAGUUAUGCAAGAUACAAUUACACCUUGGCUUGUCAUAGGUGAUUUUAAUUGUAUUUUGCGUUUGAAUGAGAAGAAAGGUGGCUUGGAAAUAAGAUCGUCUGUUAUUGAUGAGUUCAGUGAUUGGAUGGAUGACAAUGAUUUUUUUGAAUCGGAUUCCUUGGGCAGCAAAUUCACUUGGUGUAAUAGGCAAUCUGGUACUAGGCGUAUUGUUAGCCUUGUCGAGCUCCUUUUCGUGUUCAAAAGAUGUGGUUUUUACAUGGGGAUUUUCUCCGGAUGGUCAAUGAGAGUUGGACUUUGUCUGUUCAUGCAAGACCAACUUCGUUUUGAGACAGCAGCUCUUAUUUCAGAUGAGGAUCCUAGUAAUACUGCUAAACUAAAUGCAAUAAAGGAUGCUAUGAAAACUUUAUGUGAUACUCGUUUGCAACAGUUAACUAUGCUCAAGCAAAAGUCUAGGAACAAAUGGUUGGUGGAGGGUUCAAGUAAUUCCAGUUUCUUUCAUAAUAGCAUUAGAAUUAGAAAAAGUUCUAAUACUAUUUCGGAACUUGUUGAUAUGAAUGGGACUUGUUUGACAAAUUAUGAGCAGCUUUGUAAUCAUGUAGUUCAGUUCUAUGAAGAUAAGUUCAAUGGCCAAGAUCCGGUGAUAGAAGGUGAUUUAUUUGAUUUUGAGCAUGCUUCAAUUUCUGUUGAGGAGAGCAACACCAUGGAUAUGAUUCCAUCCCCGGAAGAAAUUAAGCAAGAUGUUUUUGAUCUGAGUGCGGAUAGUGCCCCAGGGACGGAUGGUUUCUCUGGUUGUUUCUAUCGUCAUUGUUGGGAUAUUAUUCAUGAUGAUUUAACCAAGGCCAUUAUUCAUUGCUGGAAUGCGGGUAGGAUUCCCAAAUGGUGUCAAUUCAUCUUUUAUCAUCUUGCUGGAUAA